AGUCCUGUAGACAGUUCAGGGUGUAUCGUAAUUAUGGGUAAGGGCAGGUCACCUAUAGACAAAGCACAUGAAAGUAUUUAUUGUCAUCUGACAAGACCUUGUGCAAAACACUCCUUUGACUCUGGUUUGUGAAGUGAUACGAAUUGAGAUCCUGGUAAUGGUUUUUGUCGUUCAAAUUUAUGUAAAUCAACUUGCCAACUUGUUUGACACAACCCCCGCCUACAAUACGAUUGAUAGUAUUAGCCACUAAUAAAAUGACGUGGUAAUUUAAUGGCAUACUAUAUAUGCAAGGUCUGUUGUCGGCUUGUUGGGCAACGAUUCAAAAACCCAUUGUUCGUUAGCAAUCAUUGCCGUUAUUUGACCAGAAGAUGAGAGAAUGAAAUUGGAUUUCCUUCCACCUAAUAGGUAUGGGUUUCUUAACCUCCAAAGGCACAAAUACCUCUAGCUAUUAUGUAGUAUACGGGUAGUAAUUGCUAGUACGGGCACGGCACACUGAAUAUUGUUUACAUAGCGAUACCUGUUUCAGCUGGUCGGGGUGUUUUGGAAGGUGUAUAGAUUUGCUUGCAGUCCACGGAAAGGGGAGAUGGAUUGUAGGGGAAGAUACGGUGUAAUCAGCGAUUCCCGUUCUGUAAUUCAGACAUGAAGCACGUUCUGGAGUUUCUCAGAAUUGACAGAGAUAAAGCCUCGUCGUGUGAAGCUUGCAUGGGACUAACAGAGUUGGCGAAACAUCCACCAAAACGCGCGGAUAAGAGUUCUAAGAAGAAACAUGAUGUCUCGCUUGUCCACGUGCCGGAGUGGCUACAGCAGUAUGAGCGGGUUUGCCAGCGUCAACAGAACUAUCUCCAGCAGAUCGAGAGUCUUCGCAAAACACUCCAGAAACGAGAGAACCAGCUCAUGAUGGUCAGCUUAGAGCGCAUGCGCCAUAUAAAGAAGGGACGCUUCCGGCCCAUCAAGUAUCCAUCGGACUCGCGAAUGCCCGUUCAGCAGAUGCGGAUCGGUCCGGAGCCGUUUCCCCAGAGGGUGUGCAUCCUCCACGAGCGAAAGGGGAGGUUCGUUACGCUUCCAAAUUCACUACCUCGCAAUCUGGUUCCGAUUGUUCGAAACAAAAGACAGAUAUCGGUUUUACCGCCAAGAGGGACUGUGGAUCGUCUGAAAACCGACUAUGAACCAAUCGAAACGAUUGCAGAGCGAAACAAGAUCAAUCUGUGCGCCUAUAUGAAAGAUGGCUGCGGCAUCCGGGUUCCGAAGCAUUCCGCCAGCGUGUCGUCCAUGACUACCCGUGACUCUGAUACGGAAACACCCGACGACAUGUCUUUGGAGUACAUCACUGACGUCAGUUCAAGAAAAAAUCUGCAUCAGUAGUGUCUGCGGAUUUUAAAAAUUUACUUAUUUUUAUACCAAUACAAUCAACCAACCAUUGGACUUGUGCUUACAUCCACUGAAGGUUCAAUCACGACUGUCUUGGGCACAUUCUCCGACAUUCCCCGGUGGAUGUGUCUAAGACAGGGUCUAAUACAAUGUAAAUUUUAAGUUAGGGGCUUUUCAGUCAUCGUUCUCAUGAGCGUACAAACAAUAUGCAAGGACGGGGGGUGGGGGUGGGGAGGCGGUGGGGGAUUUAUGCCAGUUUACUUUUAUGAAACGAAACAAUGUUGAUAAAAUAAAUAUAUUUUUGAUGUACGUUUUUAGGAGGGGGUAAGAGGAGGUACCGCAAAUAAGUACCCUCUUAUUGGUAACUAAUUAUCACUGUCGUAUUAAAUGAGAACAAAGGACAGCGUUGGUAUGGUGCAGAAUAACGGCCUCGGAGGUGUCGUGGUUAGGCCAUCGGACAUAAGGCUGGUAGGUAGAGGGUUCACAUCCCGGUACUGGCUCCCACCCAGAGCGAGUUUUAACGACUCAAUGGGUAGGUGUAAGACCACUACACCCUGU